UGUGAAAACGUUUUCCCUUACCAAUUAAGCAAAAUGACGGACGAGGGGAAUCUUCCAGUCCAUAAGCGUCUAUUCUAUGCAGUUGGCCAUUUCUUCAACGAUUUAUGUGCUUCUAUUUGGUUCACAUACUUGCUAGUGUAUUACAAGAGCGUCCUCGGUUACGAAGACAAAUAUGCAGGUAUUCUACUGCUCAUCGGUCAAAUUGCAGACGGCAUCUGCACGCCUCUCAUCGGACUGGAAUCAGACCGGACAGCAGGGUGUGGAUCGUAUGGGAAAAGGAAGACUUGGCAUUUAGUGGGAACUUUAUGUGCCAUUGUAUCCUUCCCGUUUCUGUAUAACCCGUGCAUUGGGUGUGAGGGACGACCACCAAACUGGGUGGCCAUCAUCUACUACAGUCCCUUCCUAAUUGUUUCCCAGUUUGGAUGGGCAGCCGUCCAGAUAUCCCACCUGUCCCUUAUUCCAGAGCUGGUCUCCUGCGAACAUGCUAAAGUGGAGCUCACUGCAUACAGAAAUGCCUUCACUGUGAUAGCUAACAUCACUGUGUAUGCUGUGGCAUGGCUGCUCUUCCACUUCCAAGCUCAGCAUGGGGAUCCCGAUGCCGGUCUGGGCCCUGUUGACAUCCCCAUUUUCAGGAACCUGAUUUUGAUCAGCGUGGGCGUGGGCUCCGUCUUCUCCCUGGUCUUCCACCUGGGCACACGUGAGAAGAGCCCAGAGCAGCGAACCCAGGAGGUCAGCGGCGCCAGUCGAGAGGAGGAUGGCCUCCUGGGUACCUCCUCCUACCAGUCUCUGGUGACCCCAGCCCCUGCUGAGAGCCCCACACCGCGUCUGCUGCUCAGGUGGAAGGACUGGUUUAAAGAGCCCUCCUUCUAUCAGAUUGCCAUGCUGUAUAUGUGCACCAGGCUGAUAGUGAACAUGUCCCAAGCCUACAUCGCCAUGUACCUGACCAACACCCUGAUGCUUCCCAAGAACUCCAUAGCUACUAUUCCACUGGUGAUGUACGUGAGCGGAUUUGUAACGUCUCUUAUUAUGAAGCCCAUCAGCAAGCGAAUCGGCAUCAGUAUGACCUACUUGGUGGGCCUUGUCCUGAUUGUAGCGUUUGGCCUGUGGAUCCUGCUGGACAAGAGCAUGGGCAGCCGCAUAUAUGGAGGAGCUGUUCUCCUGGGCUCUGGCUGCUCCGUUAUCCUCAUCAUGUCUCUGUCUCUGACCUCCAGGCUCAUUGGUGAACAAACGCAAAGUGGAGCCUUUGUGUUCGGGGCAAUGAGCCUAACUGACAAGGUCUCCAACGGCCUGGCCAUGAUGCUCAUUCAGUCCUUAUAUCCUUGUCCGCCUUCUACAGUCUGUCCUGCCUGUGUGUGGUUCUACCACUAUGUCAUGGUGAGUGUGUCUGGAGGCAUGGCUCUAGUGGCUGCCCUGUCGCUGGCUACCCUCUUCAUCUGGCCUGUCAAGAUUCGCCAGGGUCUUCCUGUUAUGAACGGAAAGGAGACGGCAUAUGGCACUCUGGACAGGUCUGCUGCGGACUGAGGGCCCUUUCUCACCCCGGCCCGCUGAUUAAGUAUCACUGACUUUGCCACUGUGCCCAUGCAGUGAUGUCGACUGGUUGUCCCAUGUGUACAUGGGAAGAGGAAAUUAGAUCCCUUUUUUAGCUUCUCCAUCUGGUUAAGCAGUGUGGCACACCGCUAACACGAGACAAGUUUGUGACGAAACUGUUUCUGUGUGGAGGAGCGAGGACAUCACUGACACAAUAUUUAAACACCAGUGGUCAUUAGUACAGUGCAUUUAAAUUUUUUUGACUGACCACUUGUCAGAGUAUUUUUUUACACGGUUUUGAUUACGUGAGCUUUUUAUUUGUGUUUUUGUAAUAUACAAUUGCUUUAGGUACCGAUUUAUAGAUUGACAUUGUCAAAUAAUUUCUGGACAUUCACAUUUGGACAUUCUGACAUUCAGAUUUGAAGUACAUUCAUUUUUAUGUCUUGAUUUACUUGCUUUCAGGUACUUCUUUUUUCAAAUCAUGUGAAACGAGAAGAUGUGUUGAUGUACGCACCGGUAUUUAAGUGUAUGUAUGUUAUCUUGCAAGAAUGCCUCAACAGUAACACGUUUCCAUGAUGGUACUGUAAGUGCUAUGGUACAUAUGGCACUUUUUUUGCACACUUUAUCUUGUCGGAGAAGACCCUUAUGUCACUGACCAGAGGGGUAAAAACCAAUAAAACAGCACACUCAUUGCAAAAAAGGUCAGUGUGCACAAGUUUUAUAGUUUUGUUCUUUUGGAAAGUGCUAUAGUAAAAGCACAUGUGUGUAAGCACUGGACGUCAGGACCUCUCUUGACCUCUUGUUAACAUGUCAUAGCACGACAGUAUCACAUGAUCCCGUGAGUCCCUGAAGAAAAGAUGUGUGGGAAUUUAUUUGGCAUACACAAGUUGCCUUGCAAAAUUACCCACACCCUCCCACUAAAACUUACCACUUCUCAUAUAGCUUCCUCGUUUCUUAUGAUCCAGAAAUGCAGGCAAGAUGCAGUCAAUUAUGCUUUCAUUUCAGAGAUCCUUGCAUGUUAUUGCCCAAACUCUACAGUCAGACAAACAUCAACAGGUGAGGAACCCUGGAAACAUAAACGUCAACAGCGUUAGCAGUAGGAUUUUUAUAGCAUAUAAUCAUACAUAACUGUGAUUUAAUAUGCUUUAGAGGAAAGACAGAAAAGAGAGAAGAAAAAUAUUACAGAAAGUAGGCUAUUAUAUGGGUUAUUAUACCUUUAGGACAUGGUAUUACGAAAGGCAGUGGGUAUGAAAUAGAAUGAAUGAGUGAUACUACACACAUUGAUUAAAUGAAUGACGAAGUACAGUUGGAAGAUAAAAGUUGAUUGGAGGAAGAUUAAGAGAAGAAUGAA